AACAGGUUUGAAAUUUCCUUACAUGAAACGAAAUUUUGGAAAGUUAACGCCAUGGCAACAGAAAGAAAGAUUGUAUUUUGGACUGUUUUAUCCGCAAUGCACUGGAUGAAUUCCUGUAGAAGCCAAACCCUUUCUUCCGACUCGGACACGUGUACAGAGCAAGAUGAAAUAAAGACUUUAAAAGAUCAAACAGCGUUUCUGCAGCAGCUUGUCAGCAAUCAGGCUAUUGAAACAAAGGUGCUUAAGAAGGAAUUAGAAUCAGUCAAGGAAGCACUGUCCACAUUGAUGCCUGACCAUGUUGCCUUCCAUGUGGUAGCCAAGAGUAGUUCCGGUCCUGGAGUGAUUAUUUUCGAUCAUGUGAUCUCAAAUAUUGGAAGUGGGUACGAUAUUACCUCUGGGACAUUUAGUGUGCCUACAACAGGGUUUUAUGUGUUUUCUUGGAGCAUAGAGACUUACGGACAGUUGACUGAGGCUGCUCUUUUAGUGAAUGGAUUAGAAAUGGGAAUAUCAAAGUCCGACGAAGCCCCCUCUUACUACGACACAACUACUUCUUUUGCCGUUCUUGACCUUAAAAUUAAGGACAAAGUAUGGGUCAGAGUCAAAAGCGGGCAAGCUGAAGCAAUGCAUACGAUGUUUUCUGGAUGGAAGAUCAAUAAGAGCGGUAGUACGGCAUUUUAUGCUUCUCUUUCUCGUGAUGUGACCGGUUCCCCCAUCACCUUUAACAACGAAAUAAUAGACACAGCUGAUGCUUAUUCGACAACUACAGGGAAGUUUGUGGCGCCUCUUUCUGGCCUUUACGUUUUUAUGAUGUCCGGACUUAGGUAUGGGGAUAAAAUUUCCAAUUUCAGGUUUUCCUUCAGUAAUGGAAUUUCUCAGCCACAAGUUUUAGCAUACUCGAGCUCCGUAAGGUAUGACAGCAGUGGUACCAUGACGUUUGCCUGGAUGAACUCUGGUGACUAUGUCGAGGUUGAUGGCUUAAGAAUGAGGGCUACAUCUAUGUUUGCAGGAUGGCUGCUGGUCAAUGAUAACGUGUCAAAAUCAACUUUUCCAGCUUUUCUUGCUCAUGCACGUCUUGGUUCCGACAGUACCCCAGUCGUUUAUGAUAAAGCUCACGGUGGUUAUCACCAUGGUUACUCGACAAACACAGGAGUCUUCACUGCCGAUCGUGAUGGACUUUAUUUGUUUUUGUGUAAUACUGAAACUUUUACGAGGGCUACAGUUACUGCUCUGAGAGUCAACGAAGUGGAAAUUUUCGAAACGAGGUCAGACGCACGUCAUGUUAAUUUUGAUAGCACUUCCGCUGUCACUGUUCUUCAUUUAUCUUCAAACGAUCGUGUCUCUAUAGGUGUUAAAUCGGGGAGAGUUGACGAAAAGCAGUCUCUUUUUUUUGGUAUACUUUUACAUGAAAUGUAACAAAACGUUUAAUCAUAUUUUUGUGUGGAAUGGUUAACAUUGUUUUUUCUGUUAUUGCAGCCCAGAGGACCAGGCUGCUCUAUACAUAUAAGUUAAAGAGUUGGUAUAUGGGGAUUGAGGUGGUUGAGUUGAAGCUAUUCAGGUUUUCUAAAUAUUAAAAAAAGAGUUUUAAUCAGAAUGUUCUCUCCCAUUCUAAAUUACGAGAUACACAAUGUAAUUACUUUUAUAAAGUUUCACAUAUUUAAUACAUAAAAAUGCUUAUCAUUUUCUAGCGAAAAUACGACAGAUCCCUUUUUUAGAACGUCAAAUUUUACUUAUUGCAUGAAAACGUACUUUACGCAAUUCAUGUUUUAUAUUUUUAAAGUGAAAUACAUUUUUGAAAAUAGGUGAAGCUGUUAUUUGAUUUUAAUUUAUAUUUUAUGCAGCUAACAUUUAAUUGAGGAAUUAAUAAAGUUUAAAAGGGUAUCGUUUGUGUUCGAUUUUCAUCCGACUAUAAGUUUUCAAAGUAUUCUCGACUGUCAUCUCCAUAAUUUAGACGCAUGCCUUUUUCACACAUAUCUAAGCGGUUAGAUGAUCAAGACUCAUUUCCAUUGUUUAUUUAAUUUACUUAUUUCCAGGGCGACAAUUGAUGAUUACGUCAAUGUUUUCUUGUUAAUUUUAUAUGUUACUUUCAGCAUUAGCGACUCACAUGACAACCGGAAACAAUGCUAUAAUGUUAAAUACGCAUAUAAUUCUCAAGAGGUUUUUCAACAAACGCACGGUACUUGCAAAUUCAGAAAAAAAAUAAAAUUUAUGAUGAAAGGCUUUGUGGGUAUUUACAUGUAGCAAACAAUAGGGUAAAUAUUUUCUUUUAAACUGAAUUAUUUAGAGAAAUGAAGCGAGGGUUUGGACGUUUCCUUAGAGGUGAAUGUACCUACAAUUAUUUCCGCUCAAAUGCUUGCGAAACUAUUGUAACUGGAAUGUCAGUAGAGAUUGAUAAUGAUUUUUUGGAUGUUAAUUUCAACUACUCCCCCAAAAACUGUCAUCAUUUAUAUAUUUUCAUGCAA